GGUAACAAACUCUGCUCGCUUGCUUGGGAGAGGCGGUUGCUAGCGAAGUGGCGUGGGGUUGGUGAGAAAAUGCCUGCCAUGGCGGUGGUCGGUGCCGACGGCGGCGGCAAGCUCACGGGCCAGGUCUUGAUCUGCAGCAUAAUCGCUGCGUUAGGCGGUCUCAUGUUCGGCUACGACAUUGGCAUUUCAGGAGGAGUGACUUCCAUGGACGAUUUUCUGAUCAAGUUCUUUCCGAGCGUUUAUGUGAAGAAGCACCGCGCCAAGCAGAACAACUAUUGCAAGUUCAAUGACCAGUAUCUCCAGCUCUUCACGUCGUCGCUGUACCUGGCGGCCAUUGUGGCUAGCUUGAUUGCUUCGUUUGUCUGCAAGAAGGUGGGCCGAAAACCAACGAUGCAGGCCGCUUCCGUCUUCUUCCUGGUCGGCGCCAUUAUAAAUGCUUCUGCUAGGGACUUGGCGAUGCUGAUCAUCGGAAGGCUGUUACUAGGUGCAGGAGUGGGAUUUGGGAACCAGGCAGUACCGCUUUUUAUAUCAGAAAUUGCUCCUGCCAACUACCGAGGAGGCCUUAACAUUUGUUUCCAGCUACUGAUCACUGUCGGGAUUUUGAUUGCCAACAUCAUCAAUUAUGGAACGUCUCGGUUGCAUCCAAACGGAUGGCGGGUAUCCUUAGGCGGAGCGGCGGUUCCUGCCAUAGCUCUUUUGAUUGGCUCCCUCACUAUAGUGGAAACUCCAACUAGCCUUAUAGAGCGUGGGAAGUUAGAUGAAGGACUCCGGGCACUUAAGAGAAUUAGGGGGACGGAUAGCGUCGACACAGAAUACGAAGAAAUCUUGCACGCCACGGAGAUGGCCAAAAAGGCGGAAGGCUCGUUCCAAAGUCUCGCGAAGCCCUCGAGUAGGCCACAAUUGAUAUGUGGAACAAUUAUCCAAAUCUUCCAGCAAUUCACUGGUAUCAACGUGAUAAUGUUUUAUGCUCCGGUUCUGUUCCAAACUAUGGGUUUUGGCAGCGAUGCCUCUCUUCUGUCUGCCGUGGUCACGGGUCUUAUAAAUGUGAUGUCGACCUUCAUUGCGAUUUUUACCGUGGAUAGAUGCGGGAGAAAGGUAUUGCUCAUCGAGGCGGCAAUUCAGAUGCUCGUCGCCCAGUGUACCAUGGGCAUCACACUCGCGAUACACCUGAAAUCCACCAACGAAAUUCCAAAAGGGUACGCCCUUUUCGUGGUCUUCUUGGUCAGUUUCUUCGUGGCUGGCUUCGCGUGGUCAUGGGGUCCUUUAGGUUGGCUCAUCCCCAGUGAGAUAUACCCACUGGAGACGCGAAGUGCUGGUUUCUUCUUCGCCGUUGGCAUGAACAUGUUCUGCACUUUCAUCAUCGCUCAAGUGUUCCUGACCAUGCUCUGCACCAUGAGAUCAGCGACUUUCUUCUUCUUCUCCGCAUGGAUCGUCGUGAUGGGCUGUUUUGCAACCUUCAUGCUUCCUGAGACAAAGGGCAUCCCCAUAGAUGAAAUGAAUGAGAGAGUAUGGAAGAAGCACUGGUUCUGGAAGAAGUACUUCAAGGACGAAGAUGAUAACCAAAAAGUCGGGUUUUAAAAUCAUGUACUGUUUGUUAGGGGUUCUAGUCUGACUGAG